AUGGCCGAACCAAAGUCGAUGAGCGAUGGCGAUCUAGCUCAUGGUGAACUAGCUCAUGGCGAAACCCAUGUCAAUCUCAACAAUAAUCUGGACGCAAAAAUCCAGAACCCUUUGGCUGGCAUCCCUGAAGCGCAGUUACUCCAACAGGUGUCGGACUUCGCCGUAGAGAAGGGCCUUACUGAACAUACGGAACUCUUGAGAAAGGGUGCCCUUGUUGCUCAAAGCCCAGAUAACUACGAAGAUAUCACGGGCCAGUAUGCCUUGGUUCCCGAGGAGAUCGACGCCCUUCGCAACGAGGUGCUACACAAGUGGCGCCAACCAUUUGCGUUAUACAUGACCAUUGUCACGUGCUCCAUCGGUGCCGCUGUGCAAGGCUGGGAUCAGACUGGUAGUAACGGCGCCAAUCUGAGUUUCCCUGAGGUGUAUGGCAUUGGAAGUGACUCGGUGAAAGACACCCUUCUCGUCGGGCUCGUCAAUUCGGGCCCAUAUAUCGGCGCGGCCUUUGUUGGCUGCUGGCUAUCGGACCCCCUGAACCACUACUUCGGCCGUCGCGGCACGAUCUUCUUCUCCGGCGUCUUCUGUUUCCUGCCCAUCUUCGGAUCUGCCCUCGCACAAACCUGGGAAGAGCAACUUGCCUGCCGUUUACUCCUUGGAUUGGGUAUGGGGUCUAAAGGAAGUACGGUCCCUAUCUAUGCCGCCGAAAAUAGUCCCGCAGCGAUUCGAGGUGCCCUGGUUAUGUCCUGGCAGUUAUGGACGGCCUUCGGUAUCUUUUUGGGAAAUUGCGCAAAUCUCGCUGUUGUUAACACUGGAAAAUAUGCGUGGAGAUUGCAACUCGGAUCCGCUUUCAUCCCAGCUAUUCCAUUGCUCAUCCUGAUCUAUUUCUGCCCCGAAUCUCCUCGUUGGUUGAUGAAGAAGAAUAGAUACCCAAAAGCAUUUGCCUCUCUCAUAAAACUACGGAACAACCCAGUUCAGGCUGCCGCCGACCUCUACUAUAUCCACUCGCAACUAGAAGUCGAGCGUGAUAUCAUUGGAAAGAGCAACUAUGUGACCCGUUUCGUGCAACUAUUCACCAUCCCCCGUGUCCGCCGCGCCACCCUCGCCUCCUUCGUGGUCAUGAUCGGUCAACAAAUGUGCGGUAUCAACAUCAUCGCCUUCUACUCGUCGACCAUCUUCAAGAAUUCCGGAUUCACAGAUUUCCAAGCCCUGUUCGCCUCGUGGGGAUUCGGUCUCAUCAACUUCCUCUUCGCAUUCCCAGCCAUAUGGACCAUCGAUACUUUCGGCCGACGAGCACUCCUCCUUUUCACAUUCCCCAACAUGGCAUGGUCGCUGCUCGCAGCCGGUCUCUGUGCUCUCAUCGACAUAGAGUCCACCGCUCAUCUUGCCCUCGUCGCCAUGUUCGUCUACAUCUUCGCCAUGUUCUACUCGCCCGGUGAAGGACCCGUUCCAUUCACCUACUCCGCUGAAGUCUUCCCUCUCUCUCAUCGUGAGGUCGGUAUGGGCUGGGCCGUCGCAACAUGUCUCUUCUGGGCCUGUGUCUUGACUAUGUUCCUCCCCCUCAUGUUGACAGCCAUGACCACCACCGGAGUCUUCUGCUUCUACGCCGGAACGAACGUCAUCGCACUGAUCAUGAUCUUCCUCUGGGUCCCAGAAACCAAACAGCGCACCCUAGAAGAACUCGACUACAUCUUCGCCGUGCCCACCCGCACACACAUGCACUACCAACUCACCAAGGCGCUCCCAUGGUGGUUCAACCGCUGGGUGCUCAUGCGCAAGGGCGCCGUCCUCGAGCCCCUCUACCACUUCGAGAGCAACAACGACCAAGACCGCAUCGGAGCCCUCCACGCAGCGGACAAGGCGCGCGCCGACCGGAAAGCUGGAAACGGCGACGUCAUCCACACGGACAGCAAUGAUGGAUCUAGCACGGAGAUUGCCGAGAAGUCAUAA